AUGAUUAGAGCUGCCCUAUCUAAGGUUAGAAAUCGGUUUUUACGAUCACCAACCGAGAUCAAUUUGGAGGAGUUUAACGUUAUUACAGAGGGCAAAGCCCAUAUCUUAUUCCCCGAGAAAGAGGACGUGUUUUACAAUCCUAUUCAACAGUUUAAUAGAGACUUGAGUGUUACUUGCAUCCAGGCGUGGGAUGAAUUGUACGGAAGAAAGCGCCAGCAAAAGUCCAACGGCAAGAAGAGAUCACUUGCUUCUGACGAAGAAAGCGUCAAGAAAAGAAAACUACAAGACGGAAGUGCCAAGUUGGAUACAACAGUGCGCCCAUAUAUUAGAAUUCUGGAAGCGCUAUCAGCGACUGGCUUGCGUGCUAUUCGAUACGCUCAUGAAAUUCCUCAUACCAAGGAGAUUAUUGCCAACGAUUUGUUACCUGAAGCUGUUGAAGCAAUCAAGAGGAACAUUGCCUACAACAAAGUGGAUGACAUUGUGAAGGCAAAUCAAGAUGACGCUAAUGUACUAAUGUAUCGCAACAAAGCAGCGAACAAGAAAUAUCAUGUUAUUGACCUCGAUCCGUACGGUACGGCUACUCCUUUCAUUGACGCUGCAAUUCAGAACAUCGAGGAGGACGGCCUGAUGCUGGUUACCUGCACUGAUCUUUCCGUUUUGGCAGGUAAUGGGUAUCCUGAAAAGUGCUUUGCUCUUUAUGGCGGUGUAAAUAUGGCAGGCCACGAUGCAACUCACGAAAGUGCCUUGAGACUGGUUUUGAACCUUCUUGGCCAAAGUGCUGCCAAGUAUAAGAAGAGCAUCGAGCCCCUACUUUCGCUCAGCAUCGACUUUUACGUUCGUGUAUUUGUCAAGGUGCGUACAAAUCCAACUGAAGUGAAAAAUUUACAACACAACACUAUGAUUACAUACAUGUGUUCUGGAUGCGGGUCAUAUCAUAAUCAGGAUUUGGGUCGCCAAUCGGAGAGACAAUCCAAGAAGGGCAACCCAUACGUGAAAUACUCUCUCGCGCAGGGACCUCCAGUGGACCGGAGAUGUGGGUUCUGUGGCGGUGCUCAUCACAUCACAGGACCCAUGUACGCUGGUCCUUUGCACAAUCGCGAAUUCAUUGACAAGGUGCUGGAAAUUAAUAAAAAUGUGCACACGGACGAGGUUUAUGGCACAAGAAAGAGAAUAGAAGGUAUGCUGACAUUAGCUAAGAACGAGCUUGACGCGCCAUUCUACUUUACUCCCAACCGAGUGUCGUCCAUCUUAAAGUUCCAAGUGCCCAGCUUAAAGACAGUUGUUGCUGGCCUCGGAUCCUUAGGGUUUGAGUGUUCACUCACACACGCACAGCCUUCUUCUUUGAAGACUGACGCGCCCUGGAGCGCCAUAUGGUACGUAAUGAAGAGGUACUGCAUGGACAACAAUUUGUGUAAUUUGGAGAAAAUGAACCCGAACACCUUUGGGUACAAGAUCCUCACCAACCACAAGAUAGAUGAAAUUAUUGACAAAGACAAGCUUUCCUUCAAGCCCAACGAGCAAAGUGGCCGCGUCGAGAAGCUCAGAAAACUCAAAAUCGUCAGGUACCAGGAAAAUCCAACCCGCAAUUGGGGGCCCAAAGCCAGGCCCCAGUGA